UGUUUUUUCUCAUGUCGUCCUUUACUUUGAAAUCCGGAUACCUUUUAUUACCGGGAGUAUUUCCUGUAAAAGUAUGAUCUCGUAAUUACGACAUAAGGUAUCUUUUUUUUAUCCAGUGAAUGCAACGCGCUUCCGUAGUGAUCCUCAAACCACACCUCCAGCCAGUUAAACUGUCACACUGGGAUAAACCGACAUCAUGCAGCAGGGAAAUGGACUUCAGUCUCCACUCAGACCCCUCAGUGUUUUGUUCUUCCAUCUCCUCCUGGCACACUUGUGCUCAGGUCAGUCUCAGUUAAUUGCUCCAUCUCAGCCAAUAGUAGCAAAAGUUGGUGAUGACAUCAUUUUGCCCUGUCACCUGGAACCUGAGGCUGAUGUUGUUGCCAUGACGUUGGAGUGGACGAGACCUGACCUGAAACCUAUUUUUGUCCACGUGACGCGUUCCGGUCAGGACAACGUACGAAUCCAACAUUCAUCAUUCAAAAACCGAACAUCAGUGUCCAUCGAUGAACUGAAGCAUGGAAACGUUUCACUGAAACUGUCCAAAGUGAAACCUUCUGAUGCAGGAAGAUACCAGUGCUACAUUCCGAAACUGAACACGGGAGCCUUUGUUGAGCUUGUUGUUGGUUCCUCACUGGUCAUCAGUCUAUCACAGAAUGACCUAAUCAAAGGAGCAGUAGUUCUACAGUGUAAGUCUGCUGGCUGGUAUCCCAAGCCUGAGGUGUUCUGGCUGGACGGUGAGGGAAACCUCCUCUCUGCUGGACCUACAGAGACAGUCAGAGGUCCUGAUGACCUCUAUACUGUCAGCAGCAGAGUGACUGUGGAGAAGAGACACAGCAACAGCUUCACCUGUAGAGUCCAACAGAACAAAGCCAACCUGACCAGAGAGACACACAUACAUGUUCAAGAUGAUUUCUUUGAGGCUCUGUCCAGAUUUUCUUCUACCAUAAUUGGUUUGGCUGUUAGUUUGGCUGUUUGCAUCCUGGUUAUUGUGAUUCUUGGAUUUGUUUUGCGGAGAAAAGUCACUUAUCGUUGGUAAAUGUUUCUUGGGUUUUGCACAGAAUAGUGAUAUGAAAAUGCUGUCAGUAUCUUCUCUAAAAUGUGGUGGUUUAUCUACUGUUAUUCCACUGAUUGAAAUAUCCAGUUAUCCCAUCACCUGAUUAUUGUUUAAAAUGUCUAAUAUGCUAUGAUACCCUCUGGACAGCAGCUUCCAACACAUGAAACAGUGCUAAUGAAGAAUUUAGGAUAUGGAGUCGAUGAAGACUGAGGUUCAUCUUAACUUUGUCAAAAUAGUUAAGAUUCAUUUAGUCCUGUCUAAUAUAAAUACCAGUAUGUACACACACAUGGAGACAGUGUCAGAAAAUUUGAGAUUCAUACACUCCUGCCAGACACAAAUACAAGAUGAACAUUAUACAUAGUCCUGAAAUAAUUCUGAAACAUAUUGAAGCUUUGCCUGCUGCAUUGUGUUUGCCAUAAAUUCAUUUAAAGUGAAAGGUAUUAAAAUCAUUAGGUUGAGACACUGGAAGAGGAAGUGAAGAGGAGAUGACAACAUCACAGUGUGCCUGUGUAAAAUGAGGAACUGCACCCAAAACUCUGAUCACGUUUUGGACACAGGAACAGACCGUGACCGAGGCGUGUUGGAUCAUUAUGAAAUCGUCAGCCAUCAUGAAGGGACUAUCAGUCAUUGACCAAAAAGAUGGUGGGAAAAUGUCCUAAUAAGGACACAAAACCAUGCCACCAUCCAAAGCAAGAGAGAAGCGUUAUGAAAUCUCAAUCAAGGGGUUAUCAACCAGUGAAUGGAGAGAUGCUGAAAACAUGUUCUAAUAAGGACACAAAACCAAGCCAGUGUCCAAAGCAAGAGCGUAUGUAAACUGAAAAGCACGGACUAAAGCUGGUUCUUCCACUCGCUCCAGCCCUCCAGCCAGGGUUGUGAUUUGCCUCAAGGACUUGGAC